CCGUUGGAUGUUGCGGCCGAGUCAGAUACAGCAUCUCUCUUGUAAGCAAAAUUAAUGCGACAUUCUCCUUCUUCACUGAAUCAUACAAAAUUCGAUCAGAACUUCUCCGAAAUCUAAUGACGUGAAAGACAAGGAAAAAAUAAAAAAUGGACUCAAUAACCCAUAUUCUGCCUCCACUCUCAACAUCAGUCAUCUCACUCCUCAAUGCAAGACUUCACACUCCACAGGAUCUGAAAACGGCGCCGAAUCUGGUGUCGGAGCUGCAAUCGCAGUGUAUGGAAUUAGAGAAAACAUUAAUAAGUUUGAAUUCGAGGCUUGAAUUGAGUCUUCUUGCAUACGCUUCAUUCUCCGAUCAAAUUCAUGGCCUAGUAAAAGACACCACUUCCAAGUUGACAGAUCUCGGUUCGAUCACCGCUCGCGGUUCUACUUCAGUAGAAGAUGGAGAAAGGAGGAAAGGGCAGAUAUCAGGAGAGGAGCUGCCAGCGCUCGCAAAAGAGGUGGCUAGACUCGAAACAGUUCGAGCCUAUGCCGAGACUGCUUUGAAGCUUGACACUUUAGUUGGUGAUAUUGAAGAUGGUGUAUCUUCUGUUAUGAACAAAAAUCUUCGGAAGCAUUCCUCUACACGAAAUUCAGAAGAAAUGCGUGUGCUUGCUAUUGAAACUCUUGGAGAAACAGAGAAUGUUUUAACUUUGAUCACUAAGACACGGCCGCAGUGGACACAUAUUGUAUCAGCGGUUGAUCAUAGAGUAGAUAGAGCUUUGGCCAUUUUGAGACCACAAGCAAUUGCAGAUCAUCGGGCCCUUCUUGCUUCGCUUGGAUGGCCGCCACCACUUUCCACCUUGACUUCCUCAAACCUUGAUACGGGGAAAUCAACUGAAGUCCCCAACCCUCUUUUUACGAUGCAAGGAGACCUCAAAAAUCUGUACUGUGAAAACUUUCUUGCCUUGUGCCAGUUGCAAGAGUUGCUGAGGCGGAGAAAAUAUCGGCAACUUGAGGGCCAUUAUAAGGAAGCUGCUCUGCACCAGUCACUUUGGGCAAUUGAAGAACUUGUGAAUCCUCUAUCAAUUGCAUGCCAACGACAUUUUCCAAAGUGGAUUGAUAAGCCAGAAUUCAUUUUUUCACUUGUUUAUAAGAUUACAAAGGAUUAUGUUGACACAAUGGACGAAUUAUUGCAGCCGCUGGUUGAUGAAGCAAGGCUAGUAGGAUAUAGUUGCAGAGAAGAGUGGAUUUCAGCUAUGGUAACCUCUUUGUCAAUCUACUUAGCAAAAGAGAUAUUCCCCACAUAUGCCAGUCAACUGGGUGAAGAGAGUGUCGCUGGUGUUCAAUCGCAGGCUAGAAUAUCAUUGCUCCAUCUUGUUGAUUUGAUGAUUGCUUUUGAUAAACAAAUUAAGUCUCUGAUAUCACACUCUGGAAUCAUGUUUACCAUUCAGAUGGAUGAGAACUUGCAGAAGAUUUCUUCUCUAUCUGUCUUUGGUGACCGACCUGACUGGCUUGAUCUGUGGACAGAACUAGAGCUUAGUGAAACGCUUGAGAAGCUAAAACCUGUGGUAGAUGACGAGAGAAAUUGGACUACAAAAAUUCAAGGGGCUGCUCCUUUAUCUGGCCCAGAAAAUUACAAAUCUCCUAUGGUUUCCACUGCCUUCAUUUGGCACUUAUCAUUGGUGGUUGAUCGAUGUCGAUCAUUGCCUAGCACCUCUCUGAGGUCAAGGUUUCUCAGAUUGGUUGGUGCACCUGUUCUACAAAGAUUUCUUGAUUGUGUUCUUCUAAGGUGCCAAGAAGCUGAAGGACUGACUGCAUUAACAGAUGAUGAUGCUGUAAUCAAAGUCGCAAAUUCCUUAAAUGCUGCUCGCUACUUUGAGUCUGUUUUGAAGGAAUGGUGCGAGGACCUUUUUUUUCUCGAAAUGGGAUCUGAUCAUGGUGAUCAACUAGGAAUAUCAACUAAUGACAUUGACAACAGCGAGGCACCGAUAGAUGGAGAUUUUAGUGGCAUUUUCGACGAGGAAAUUAGAAAGCUUGAGGCUUUUCAAAAAGAGUGGGUUGAGAAGAUAUCCGUUGUUGUUUUGAGGGGAUUUGAUGCUAGGAGUAGAGAUUAUAUGAAAAACAGGAGACAGUGGCAGGAGAAGGGGGAAGAAGGUUGGACGGUGUCCAAAAAUUUAGUAGGGGCUUUAGAUUAUUUACAAGGAAAGAUGAAAGUAGUGGAACAAGAUCUGAAUGGGAUAGACUUUGUUGGUGUAUGGAGAAGUUUGGCAUCUGGGAUGGAUCACUUGCUUUUUAAUGGCGUCCUUUUGAGCAAUGUGAAGUUUCAUGAUUCUGGUAUUGAAAGGUUUGGUCGUGAUUUGGAAGUUUUGUUCGGGGUUUUUGGAACUUGGUGCUUGAGGCCUGAAGGGUUCUUUCCUAAAAUAAGUGACAGUUUAAAGUUGUUAAAGAUGGAGGAGGAGCAGCUUGAUAGUUUGGAAGGAGGAGAGAAAUGGAUGAAGGAGAAUGGAAUCAGGCAUUUGAGUGUAGCUGAGGCUGCAAAGAUACUAAACAGUAGAGUAUUCAUGAGUUAAGGGACUUUGCAAAAUCAAACUUUUCUUUUUCAUCAUCAGCCCGUAUGUUAGCAUAACAGGGAGGUUAGUUCAGGCUAUUGAUGCAAUUGUAGAAAUUUUUUGUUGUACACGACUCGGGCUAAUAGUCUGAGCAAUUUGUUUCUGAAAAUAAUACAAUAACACAAAAUUAUUCAGUUUA